UGGAACGAAUUCUUAUCGCUCCAGCCGAAUGAAAUUGCGUGCGUCCGCUCGUCCCCGCACCAGUUAUCUCAGUGGAUGCGCGUCUACCUAUUCCUAGCCUCCAUCUUCGCCGCCCACCCGCUGCGUGACCUGGCUGCAGACCCCACGUACGCGCGCGCGCUCUUCGCCCGCGACGCCGGGAACUCGUUCGGGAUCUGGCAGCUCCCGCACGCAGAUGAAAGCGAGAUGUUUGGGUGGGGCGUGUGGGUCGACGCGAGUUACUUUAAUCACAGUUGUGCGCCGAACUUGGUGAAACGUCGGACGGGCCGAACUUUCUCAUUUAUCACUACCCGACCCGUGACGGUGGGCGAGGAGCUAUGCAUAUCUUAUGGAAGCGUGAGUGACGACAUUAAGGCGAGGAGGAGGCGGCUUUGGGAGGGGUGGUGGUUCUGGUGUGGCUGCACGAGGUGUGCCCAGGAUAUG